AUGAUAAAAUUCAUUACGAUUGAUGAUUUUGAGUUAGGGAAACCAGUGGGUAUUGGUAGAUUUGGACAAGUAUGGCUAGCUAGACACAGAGAAUUAGGAUUUGUAUGUGCUAUUAAAAUGUUAGAUAGAAAUAAUAUUGUAAACAAUACUGAUGUUAAGAGAAUCAGGAGGGAAAUAGAAAUACAUCUCAAUAUGAGACAUGAGAAUAUUCUUAAUAUGUUCGGGUACUUUUACGAUAGUCGAAAAAUAUAUUGUAUAUUAGAAUACGCACCCAUGGGUGAUUUAUGGAGAUAUUUACAUGAAAAUGGAAAGCUUAGUGAAAAUAAAACUAGUAAAUUUAUUUACCAAUUGAGUGAUGCUAUCAACUACUUACAUAAACACAAUAUAAUUCACAGAGAUAUAAAACCUGAGAAUAUUUUAUUAGGAAAAGAUUUAAAACUUAAACUUUGUGAUUUUGGUUGGUGUGUCUAUAAUGCUGAUAAGAAAAGACAAACAUUUUGUGGGACUGCCGAAUACUUGCCUCCAGAGUUAUGUGAUGAUAAGUUUUAUGACAAAUCAGCUGAUAUUUGGUGUAUAGGAAUACUUGCAUAUGAAAUGUGCACAGGUAAUACACCUUUUGGAUCACAAAAAUCAAUAAGAAUGAUGAAACAAAAAAUUGUUGAUGAUGAUAUAAAGUUUCCUGAUUAUCUUUCUCCAGAUAUAGUUGAUUUCAUAUCUAAGUGUUGUUCAAAGAAUCCAGAAACAAGAAUUACUCUUAAUGAAAUAUUUUGCCAUCCGUUUUUAUUAAAAUAUAAAGAAUAA